AUGCCCCAGACUUUCGAUGAUUCUGAUGGCAAGAACUUUGAGGCCGAGAUUGAUGCCGUUAGUGAUGUCGACGAAGCAUCAGACGGCGAAGACCCAAGCGGCGAUGAGCUUGAAACAUUGAGGACAAUCCUCACUGUCCCUCGACCGGAAGCACCCAUGCACGAGGCAAUCAAAACUGCACAGCAAGCAUACAACUCACUACGAGUUGAGUUCAAAGCUCUCAAGAAGGACUACCUUGCGCUCUCGGCUACUGUUCCUGCCCGCAGCCGUAACCGUGCACUCAAUAAGACAUCCGCUCUCGACACGAAAAUCACUGCCGAAGGGAAGAAGUACACGUUGUUCUAUCAUUUCUGGGUCAUCCCUGGCGUCUUCCCAACAACUCCUCAGCCUGACAAUGACCCACGUAGUUCUACACGUUGGGCAUCUCCUGAGGCCAAACUCAAUGGUGCCAUGGCGGAAUUAUAUAACUGUGUGUCCAAGGACUUGCACAAGUCCAUGGAGAAAUAUACGGCAUUUGAUUCUCUGUUUCGUGCCACAUCUCAUCUUCUCAACACUCAAGCUCGAUCCCACUCUCUUUCGUCUCAGACAGAUACCAGAAAGCGGGACGACCACGAUCUACUUCAUCUGCUGAAGAAGAAUGGCGAGGGAGAUUACAUUCGGCUGGCACCCAUUCUGUUUGCGAGGCCAGACACCAUGGUGGCCGAGGAGUUCCUCGAGAAUCCUGUACUUGUCAAAAUCAUUCGCGUUGAAAUGUAUGGGAAAAAGAUCCUUUCUGGAAAGACCAAGGGUCAGAAGGCUAGAGGACAGCACUGCAAUGCACAAUGUGUCACUGAAGGUUCAAUUGCAGGUGCUGCAGUUAUGGCUCGGUUUUUGUUGACGCAUGAUCCUGAGUUCACUGCGACUGGCGCAGAGACCAAGAUCAGCUAUCAAGCAGACUACGAUUUCUACUUGGAGCGCUUGUUCAAGCGCACACCAUGGGCCUGUAGUGUCAUAGAUUUCUUCAACAAGGAGGUCUUUGACGUUACCAGUCGCAGUCUAGUACCAACUUCUGACAACUUUCCUUCUGCCACUCAAGCUCGAACAUGGGAGGAUGACCUCCUAGAUGAGCUUGAUGCUCCCGUUCAGAUACCGUCUGCUCUCACUUCCCUCCCUACUAGCUCAGCAGUGGUCGAUGUCGCCUCCAGUUACCGCGCUUCCAUAUCCGUCAACCAUGGUCCGUCCACAUCUGCAACUGCACAGUUGCAGUUGGGUGUUAGUCAGUUGACGCUGGACAGUGGCACCAUCGCUGAGACAACCGCAUCAGCAAUUCGCAGUGUGUCUGCUCAUCAACCUCGAGUUCGCACUGCUUCCGGUGAGCCAGCCCAUGCACCCGAGCCUGAACCAGUCAAGCGUGUUACUUGUCAUGGUGGCAGCAACCGGGAAGUUGCUAGUAAACAUGGACCUAAGGGAAAAGGGAGGGGAAAGCGCUGA